AGCAUGUUCAGCGCUUUCAGCUCAAGGGAGCCCUGGAUGCAACACCGAUCGCAUCCGAUCUGAGCUGUUCCGAGCCAGAGCGGCGCCAUGUCGCGGUCCAACGAGCUCAGCUCGGUGCGCCGGAGCGUGGUGAAGGUGUUUGUGCGCGCCUCGCCGCCGAACUGGACCUCCCCCUGGCAGCGGCGGCCCCAACGGGGCUCUUCUGGCUCCGGUUUUUGCGUGGGGGAUCGCCAGGUGCUGACCAACGCCCACGUUGUCAGCGACGCGGUCCUCGUGCGGGUGCGGCGCUACGGGGACGCUGUGCGGUAUCCGGCCAAGGUGGUGUGCGUCUCCCCGCAAGUGGACCUGGCGCUGCUGGAGGUGCCGGACCCCGCCUUCUGGGAGUCCCCGCCGGCCUUGGCCGCGGUGGACUUGUCGGAGGAGGUUCCGGCGCUGGACGCCGACGUCGUGGCGGUGGGGUACCCCAUGGGCGGCGAGAACCUCUGCGUGACGCGGGGCGUGGUGAGCCGGAUCGACCUCAUGGAUUACACCUUUUCCCCGGUCGGUGGUGAGCGGCAGCUGGUAAUCCAGGUGGACGCGGCCAUCAACCCGGGGAACUCGGGGGGCCCGGUGCUGGACGCUUUUGGCCGGGUGCUGGGGGUGGCCUUCGCGGCCAUGCGCCAGGGCGCGUCCAUCGGCUACGUCAUCCCCGGCUCCGUGGUCCGCUUCUUCCUCAAAGCCGCCGCCGCCUCCGCCGGGGGUGCCAUGGACUCCUCGCUCUGCGCGCUCGGGGUGCGGCUGCAGCCCGCGCGGGCGCCGGCGCUGCGGGCCGUGCGCGGCCUGGAUCAAGGCAGCGGUGCUUUGAUCGCGGAAGUGGCGCCGCUUUCGGCAGCAGCAGCAGCCGGGGUGGAGGCAGGGGAUGUGCUGCUCGCCGUGGAUGGGGUGCCGGUGGCGGAAGACUGCACCGUGCCCUUCCGGGACGCUGAGCGCAUCGGGUUUGACUUCCUCAUCUCCCGGCGCGUGGCGGGCGACGCCAUGCGCUUGCAAAUUUGGAGGGGUGCGGAGAAGGAGCUGCAGCUCCAGGCGGCGCCGCUGCCGCAGCUGGUGCCCCGCACGCCAGGCGUCGACGCGCGGCCCUCCUACCUGGUGGUGGGGGGCCUGGUCUUCACCCGGCUCACGCUGCCCUGGCUGCUGGCGCGCUUCUCCGAGGAGGUGCGGAAAGCGCCGGCGGAGCUGCAGGCGAAGCUGUGGGAGCACAAGGAGCAUGCUGACCAGGAGGUGGUCGUCUUGGCCAAAGUGCUGUCGGCCGACCUGAACUACGGCUACGAGGAGUUCCAGUGCUGCGAGCUUCUCCGCUUCGGCGCGGGCGGCGCGCCCGUGCGAAGCCUGAAGCAGCUGAGGGCCGAGGUGCUGGCGGCGCUGCGGGGCGAAGGCGAAGGUGGGCCAGCCGCAUAUCUUCGCUUCUGUUUCAGCUUCAACUUGGAAAUCGUGCUGGACGCGGAGCAGUGCAGGACGUCUCACAACGAGAUCCUGCGGCAGUACGGCAUCCACCAGGACUGCUCGUCGGAUUUGAUGGACAACUCCGAGAUCCGCAGCAAGCUCUGACCCACUGACCCCGGCCGUUUCAGCUCCCGGG